UGUAAUCACGCAGUGCGCCUUCCUUUUUACGUACUAUUUAACCUUUGUGAAGACUGAAGUGUACAAAUAGCCCAAAGGAGUACCAAAGAUAUUGAACACACAAAGUCUCCUUCAGAUUUCAUCACGAAAAUUCAUUUCAGAAAUGGAGGAAAACAGCUUUGAGCACAAAACAGUGAAAGUAAAUGGCAUAAACAUGCAUGUUGUUGAAAAAGGAAAAGGCCCUGUUGUUCUGUUCAUCCAUGGUUUCCCAGAAUUAUGGUAUUCAUGGAGGCAUCAAAUUUCUUUCAUGGCUAAACAUGGUUACAGGGCUGUGGCUCCUGAUCUUCGUGGCUAUGGAGAUACCACAGGAGUAUCCAAAGAUGAUCCAAGCAAGUUCACCUCCUUACAAGUUGUGGGUGACUUAGUGGAACUUCUGAAUACCAUUGUGCCUGAGCAAGAUAAGGUGUUUGUUGUAGGCCAUGAUUGGGGUGCUAUUAUUGCUUGGACUCUUUGUUUAUUCAGGCCAGACAAAGUCAAGGCUUUGGUUAAUAUGAGUGUGCCAUUUUCUCCAAGAAAUCCUAAGAUAAAGCCAAUUGAGACAUUGAAGGCUGUUUAUGGAGAUGAUUAUUAUGUUGUUAGAUUCCAGGAACCUGGAGAAAUAGAAGCAGAGUUUGCAAAAGUAGGCAUCAAGAAAGUGUUGGAGAAAUUUUUUACUUAUAGGAACCCUGGACCACCAUACAUGCCUAAAGGAAAGCCCUUUGAUGACGGCCCAGUAAUUUUACCCUGUUGGUUAUCAGAAAAAGACGUUGAUUACUUUGCUAGCAAAUAUGAAAAAACUGGCUUCACUGGUGGAGUGAAUUAUUACAGAGCACUUGACAUAAAUUGGGAAUUGACAGCAGCAUGGACUGGUGCAAAAGUAAAAGUACCAGUGAAGUUCAUUGUGGGAGAUUUGGAUUUAACUUAUAAUGCCCCAGGAGUCAAAGAUUAUGUAAACAAAGGUGGAAUGAAGAAAGAUGUACCUUUGCUAGAAGAAGUGGUUAUAUUGGAAAAUGUUUGCCAUUUUCUUCAACAAGAGAAGCCUGAUGAAAUUAACAAACAUAUUUAUGAUUUCUUCAAGGGCUUUUCUUCUACCUAAAGGUUUAAAGUUUAUCUCUUUUAAGUUUGUUUGGGAAUAUUGUAACUUUUGAUGUAAUUGAAUAAAGUACAUGUGAACAACAACAUAUUAAGUUUAAUCCCACAAGUGGGAAAUAAAGUACAUGUGAAGAAGUGGUUAUAUCGGAAAGAGUUGGCCAUUUUCUCCAACAAGAAAAGCCUAUGAAAUUGACAAACUUAUUCAUGAUUUCUCUUUUCUUCUA